ACGCCGUGUAUCGUACGUGGUACGUAAAAACUUGGGGGUGAAGCUAGCAGGAAAAGGAUGCGUGGCAAGUGAUAAGCCUAUAUGCCGAUGCCGAACGUUGAUUUGUGUCACUUCGGCGUGUAAAGUGCCACGACUGACUUCUUCAGGUCGUUCUAAAAGCUCUUGAUCAUGGCAACGGGUGAUUCUAGACGUGUUGCACUGAUAACCGGUAUCACAGGCCAGGAUGGAUCGUAUCUGGCAGAGUUUCUGCUGGACAAGGGCUACGACGUUCACGGGAUAAUCAGACGCGCAAGUACUUUCAACACUGCACGUAUUCAGCAUCUUUAUGCAGAUCCCAAAUCUCACAGGCAGGGAAAAAUGAAGCUGCACUAUGGCGACAUGACGGACUCCAGCUGUCUUGUCAAAAUCAUCAGUGCAGUUCAACCGACAGAAAUCUACAAUCUUGCUGCCCAGAGUCACGUUAAGGUGAGCUUUGAAUUAAGCGAAUACACAGCUGAAGUGGAUGCAGUAGGCACUUUAAGAUUACUUGAUGCUAUAAGAACUUGCAACCUCGAGAAAUCGGUGCGAUUUUAUCAAGCCUCAACAUCUGAGUUGUAUGGCAGAGUAGCUGAAGUACCGCAGACAGAGAAAACUCCUUUUUACCCACGUUCACCAUACGCCUGUGCAAAGAUGUAUGGAUUCUGGAUAGUGAUAAAUUAUCGAGAAGCUUACGGCAUGUACGCCUGCAAUGGAAUAUUAUUUAAUCACGAAAGUCCAAGAAGAGGCGAAAAUUUUGUGACGCGAAAAAUUACCAGAUCUGCUGCGAAAAUAGAAUUGGGUUUGCAAGAAGUUUUGGAACUCGGGAACUUGGAUUCGCAACGAGACUGGGGACAUGCUAAAGAUUAUGUCGAGGCAAUGUGGCUGAUGCUACAACAGUCAGUCGCAGAUGACUUUGUCAUAGCAACUGGCGAAACUCACAGUGUUAGAGAGUUUGUUGAAGCCUCAUUUAAUUACAUUGGUCGAACUAUUAAAUGGGAGGGUGAGGGUGUCAACGAAAUUGGUCGCGAUGCUGGUUCUGGGCAGCUCCUGGUUCGCGUUAAUCCAAAAUACUUUCGUCCAACCGAAGUGGACUUACUUCUGGGCGACGCUUCAAAAGCCAAAGAAAAGUUUGGAUGGCAGCCUACAGUUAAAUUCGAAGAACUGGUAAAGGAUAUGAUGAAAGCUGAUCUCGAACUGAUGCGCAAAAAUCCGAAUGCUUAGCUACGAUCGUUAUUGCUUCGCCGAAAUUUCUGCAUUUAUCCCACUUUAACUUGUCAUGAGUAUAAGUGGGGACGGUAUUUAUAAUUUUUUCCGCAUUACCAGUU